CAGUCCAGCUCUUCUCAUGCCCGUGUUUUGGUUGAAUUAAACUUCGUGAACGCGCGCGCCUUUGAGGAAUUGUGCGCUGUCGAAAAAACAGAGUAUUGGAAUUGACUGUUGGAAUCUGUCGUUUACCUAACGAUUUUUGGAUUGGUUCACUUCUUCCGCCAUUACCAGAAUACUAAUUUCAGUGCGUCCCGGUAUUACUAAAAUAGGAGAUCUCCUUCCGCCAUGAAUCCGUUAUGUGGAAGAUGCAAUAAAAUGGUUUACCCCACGGAAAAAGUGAAUUGUCUAGACAAGUACUGGCAUAAAGGAUGUUUCAGCUGUGAGGUUUGCAAAAUGACCCUCAACAUGAAGAAUUACCAGGGCUUUGACAAAAAACCCUACUGUAGCAUGCAUUACCCAAAGAGCUCCUUCACCUCCGUGAUCGACACCCCAGAGAACCUGCGGCUCAAACAGCAGAGCAUGUUGAAUAGCCAGGCGCUGUACAAAGAGGAGUUUGAGAAGAACAAGGGGAAGGGCUUCAGUGUGGUUGCCGACACACCGGAGAUGCAACGAGUGAAGAAGACACAAGAUCAAAUCAGCAACAUCAAGUAUCAUGAGGAAUUUGAGAAAAGCAGAUUUAGUAGUGAUGCCCCACCCCCAGUGAACUCCAGUCAAGAUCCACAGCAGCAACAGCCAGCCAUCCAACAGACAUACAGCUCCCAGCCAGUGUCUGCUCCCGUUCCUGUUGCUGUACCACCCCCUAGUGGAGGGAAGCGUUACCGGGCCCUGUACAGCUACGCAGCUGCUGACGCCGAUGAGGUGUCUUUCCAGGAGGGGGACCUUAUCGCAGACGUACAACAGAUAGACGAGGGAUGGAUGUACGGGCGCAUCGAACGCACUGGGCAACAGGGCAUGCUGCCAGCUAACUACGUCCAACCCUUCUAAACCUCUAGCCUUCGUUCAAUUGGUUGAAACGUUUCAAAUGUUGCAGUCAGAAAUGUAUAUCCUGGAUACGUUCGUUUGGUCACUAAAGAGAGCAGAAAUUUCUAAACUCGGGCAGGACUAUCUGGACUUCCCCAGUAAGAAAUGUUAUUUACGUUUGCCAUUGAAAAUUUUUUAAAAACCCUUUGUAUUGCAUGUAAUGAACAGAACACAGGUGGAAGGUUAUGGCUGUGUAACUAUAACUAGUAUAGAGUCGUGUCUUUUAGGUUGUGCUUUCUAUCUGCAACAUGGAGCAUUUUAUUCCGCAGUUGAACAAAGCUCAAAACAAAAAGAGGAAUGAAAAAAGGGAUAUAAGUCAUAGUCUAAAGAGAGGAAAGAGGGAGACGAAAAAAACUAAGAAAAACCCUAGCGCCAUUUAAACUUGCAUAUUGUCUCUAACCACGUUUUGCUUAUGUUUUUGAUUUGCCAUUUCAAGUCAAUUCAAAUAGCUAAUUAAGUUUCUCACUGCCUUUCUCAACACUUCCUAUCAGACAGCCAGAUAAUCCUUUAUUACUAUAUAUAUACACACACAGUGGGGAGAACAAGCAUUUGAUACACUGCCGAUUUUGCAGGUUUUCCCACUUAC